AUGCAGCACAUCCGCCGCUCCGACGUCGUCAUGAGCGAGCUCGAGUACCUCCCGCAGCUCUCGCCGUCGGUCCAGCUCCUCUGCAUCGGCCUCUACCUCGGCGUCGGCGUCGUUGCCUUCACGCGCAGCUUCCAAAUGCGCCCGCGCCUGCUCACGCGGCAAAAGGUCUUCCAGUACCUCGUGACGACCUUCUGCUGCCUCCGAUCGCUCUCGCUGCUCACGGCGCCGCCCGCGGGCGUCCGCGACGUGCUCAACCGGACUGCGCUCUGCCUCUUCUUCUCGCUCAUGCUCUUCCAGGUCUUCUUUUGGUUUGACGUCGUGAACCCGUCGUCGUCGGCACGCUCGAAGCGCGUGUGGCACUCGUUCCUGUACAUCAACGUGGCGCUGUACGCCGUCGUGCUGUGCCUCGAGCUCGACGCUUUUUCACGCCCACGUCGCGCACCAAGGACGCGGCCGCGAGCUACUGGUCCGACAUGCUUCCGUCUCCUCCUCUGCAUUGGCCUUCUCUUCUCGAUCUGCAAGAUGCGCAUGCGUGUCCAGCGGCUCAUCGACGAAGAUGACACGAGCUUGAGCGUCCGCGCGGUCCAGAAGAUCCACCGCGCGCUGUGCUACCUCAACUGCAUCUUUGCCGGCUCGUCGCUUCUCUUCUUGCUCCGCGCGUUCCUGUACCUCCAGCACCCGUGGGCCCACAAGGAGUGCGGUUCGCUUCAGGACCCGAAUUGGUGCCUAUGCGUCGGGUACGUCCUCCCGGAGCUCAUUCCAGCCGUCUUCUUUGUCAUUGUCAUGUGGGACGUGGACCCGAACCUGUGGCGGUCCAACAUGUCGACGGGCGAGACGACGCCGCUGCUGGGCAAACACCUUGGCAUCACGAGCGGGUUUGGAAAGGACUUUCGGUGGCACCGCCCGAGCCCACUCUUGCUCUCGUCGACGCCGACGCAAGAAGCGGCGCCGUACCUGAGCGUGCAGCCCUUCACACCCCACGCGACUCCCGUGAAUCCGACGACGCUGCCGACACCGCCGGGCCUCCUCGAUGCGCUUUGGCUCUCGUUCCAGUGCUUUCAGCUCAAGCACGGCGGCCAAGACGUGCACGCAUCCCUUGUGAUUGUGCACAUGCUGCAAGACGGCGUCGACGACAUUGAGCUCGGACGGUCGGAGCUCGCGCACACGACGGACCCGCAGUUUCACGUGAUGGUCAAAGUGCCUCUCGACGCUAUGCACGUGCUGCGCAUCCGCGUCUACAGUGUCCGGAACUGGAACACGCUCUCGGACCUCUCGUCCCAAAAUCUCGUCGGCGAGGCCAUGCUCAAGCCGCUCGAGCUCGGGCAGAGCCAGCUCUACCGCCUCUCGAGCUCGUUCCGGGGUGACGUGUGCGUGAGCAACACGGGGCUCCUCGUCGUGCGCUGCGAAGCGCCGGGCGUCAUGGACACGUCGGCGUGCAUCACGCGCAGCUUCUUGCAUGGUAAAGUGCUCGUCGAGGAGGCGCUUGUCGAAAGUCCAUGGACGUACGAGAUCCCGUACCAGAUGCUCCAGCUGAUUCAAGCCGAUCUCGUGCAAAAGGCCAACUGGAUGGCGCAAGUGCUGCAGGCGAACCGCUCGACGCUUCUGCACGUGCCUCGCCGCGGCCUCGGCAGCUUCAGCUUCAGCGGCACCGGGACCAACCACCUCGACGAGGACGACAGCGAAGAGGACGAUCCACGGUCGUCGCCCGUCUCGACGACGAGUCUACUCACCGAGAUGAUUUACCAGCUCCAAGGCAACGCUCGGAAGCGCACGAACCGCAAGUGGCGCGGGUCGAUGCUCCAAGACAUGGAGGCGUACAUCGCCGUCGUGCAAGCCGCUCUCGAAGCGUACGGCCACCCGGACAAGUUCCAGCUCAGCUUCAAGCCGAGCACGAAGAAGGCCGACGCCGAGCUGCGCUUCGUCGCCCUCAACAUGCACAUGCAGCUUUUGACGCUGGGCGAUGCGGCGCAGACCUCGUCGUCGUCGUCGUCACCGAUGCCGCCGAGAAUCGACGAAGAGACCGAAGUCGAUUGGCGCGAUGACAUUCGCGUGCGAUCGCAGUCGGCGCUCGACACGAUCUUCCGCGCCCACGAGCUCUUUGGCACGACGACGGUCGGCGCGUUUGCGGCCCACGUCUAUGGCUUUGGCCACGGCGGCAUUCGCCAGCUCCGGGACGACCUCGAGCGGCUGCGCGAACGGUCGCUCAAGGCCACCGACUGGUCCGACAACACGACGCAGGCGCUCCAGCGCGACAUGUACGCGCUCGAGUGGCACAUUGACCAGCGCCUCGAUGUUGCUUUCACGCAAGCCGUGAGCGCGCUCGUGCCGUGCUUCCAGCAGACGCUGUUUACGCAUUUGCACACGUCGUCGCCCAGUGUAUCGCCCAAGGCGUACCUGACGCAGCUGCAAACUGCCGGCUUCCUCUUCAACGUCGAGAGCCUUAUCUCGACGGUCGGGUCGGAAGCCGGUAUGCUCGGCGACAUGGAUGCGGCCGUCAAGGCACUGGCGUACGUGACCAUCCGGCUGCGCUUGGUGCCAGAUGCGGCAUCGGCCGCGUUCUCGGUCGCCAUCUCGUCGGGGCCGCAGGGCCUUGUCGUCGAAUUGCCGCUCAUCUGCAGCGACAACUACACGCUCGCGCCGUGUAUGCACCGCGUGCCGGGCCAGGACUUGGCGUCCGGCGCCGUCUACUGCCCCGUGAAGCUGCCGCCGGCGCGCGCGCUCUUCAUCAAGGUCGUGCCCGUGCUCUUCAACCAGGGCAUGAACGAGCUCCAGACGGUGGCCAACACCGUGCGCAAGAGCCAGCUCCAGCACGCCAUCAACCAAGAGAGCGCGAACGUGCUCGAGUCGUACUUGGUCGUCGUGAAUGCGUCGCCGGCCGUCAUGGCCGUGUGGCACGAAGCCAAGCAAGCCAUCUUUGACACGAAGGACGAAAAGUGCAUGGCGAUCCUCGAGCAAACGUCGUGGAUCUCGCGGCAGGUCGGCGGCGGCCGCGUCACGUGCUGCAAAUCGGCCAAAGACCGGACGGCCAUGUCGGUGACGCUCGAAGAAGCCAAGUUGAUGGGCACGAGCGACGUUGCGAUGUGGACGCAGUUGCUUCGCACGUACGGCGUUCGGCGCGAGAACGCGCGCAAAAACAUUGGGUCGGCACAGUACUGCUUUAGCACGUGGCAAAACUACUUGCUCCCGUCUGCGUACAAGUGCCCGCCGGGCACGGGUGGCGGCAGUCGCGCCCACUCGUAG